GGAGACUUCAAAAUUGACACAUUACAAAAAGCAAGGACUAAUUUUGCUAAAAACAGUGAGAUUUAUUUUUCGAGCGCUAUUGGCAGGACAUUAUUGAUUAUUGAUUCUUUUGCGGGUUCAAUUCAACUCACAAUAACCGAAAUCCAAAUCAAAUUUGUCUACUUUAUAAUAUAGCGGUUUCAAUAAUUCUCAAGUGUUAUAUACACUUUCGAAGGACGAAGUAAAAUCAGAAUAUCAGGUCCAAGAGGGGAGGAAAGAAGGAAAAUUUUGCGAUAUGGGAAGUUCAUGUUGGUUGAGAAAUGCUUGGGCAGACAAGCAGAAAACGGAGUCUUUCUGGAUCGCUUCUCCACUCGAAGAAGAAAGGAUCCGCCGAUCAAGAGAAUGCACCCAAGAAGGUGUGCGUGAAGGUGCCAAGGCAGCUGCUAUUGCUGGUGUGGUCUCUGCAAUCCCUACGUUGGCUGCCGUUCGUAUGAUUCCUUGGGCUAAAGCAAAUCUCAACUAUACUGCCCAGGCACUCAUUAUAUCUGGUGCUUCCAUUGCGGCAUACUUCAUUACUGCAGACAAAACUAUCCUGGAGUGUGCUAGGAGAAAUGCUCAAUAUGACAAGUCAACUUAGAAACUGAUUCUGUUGUAGUUGGGAUCUCUGAGUUUUUUGUGCAGUCAUGACAUCCUGAGUUUUCUUGUUGAAGUUUUUUGGAGGAGGAACCUGUGUUUUUGGGUUCCUUAUGCAAUAGAUCAUGCUACUUACAAGUUCUGUGAAUUUACUGACCUUAAUGUUCUGCUAAUGUUCCUGUUGUGGGGACGAAAUAAGCUUAUCCUGCAAUGUGUUUAUCUUGCUUGCAGUGUGAUCUGUAAUAACUUAAGUUGUCACACCUCACAAUCCUAAACGUAUGGUAAGGUGGUUUUGUCGAACAACUAGAUCUAGCUGAAUCCUGGAAAUUUCGAGCUAUCAACUGUUCGGGAAAGGAUCAACCUUAUAAACCGAACAAAGAAUGAGCAAAUGCUACCAUUCGCAGGGAGUAAAAUGGCAUAAUAAUUCAAGGGGCCUUUAAUUGGUCCAAAGGAGGACUGGUAAUGUAUUAGU